AUGUCCAGGGUGCCCUCUCGGGAUCACCCCCGUGACUGUCCCCGAGAAGGCUCACAGUUAGAUAAACGCCAGCGGGACCCCAUCCCAGCUUCCAGAGCUGCUUUGCUCCAACCGGCACCGCGACCAGCUGAUAGACGCAAUGUCGUUGUCCAGGUGGAGUCCUCCGAUUCCGAGGCGGACGCUUCGGUCGCGACGGAAGACCCCUCUGAUGUGGAAGACCCCCCGCGUCAAUCGCCGCAGGAUCUCCACUAUCCAGAGGCAGCCUCCCCAUCAGAUGAUGUCCAUUCCUUCGCGGAGCACAUCAUUAAGAUGUCCAGGGCCCUGGACAUCGACCUUGUUUAUCCUGAGGCAGAUGCGGAAGACCCAGUCAAACGUCGGGUCCAUGGCCGGGUCCCAACACCCCCGUGUGUCCCAUUUUUGCCAUCCUUGCAAACGAUCCUCAAGCGUUCCUGGGACUCUCCUUCGUCUCCUCUCGGGCCCCCACGGAAGAUCGAGUCGCUAUACAAGGUCGCGGCUCCAAAUGCUCCGUGGCUCAUGUCGCAUCCUUGCCAGAAUUCGGCUAUUGUGGAAGGAGCUCAACAGACCUCCACCCAGCGCCAAACCACCUCACCGGUCGAUAAGGAGGCCAAAAAGAUAGACGCCCUGGCCAAAAAGGCGUAUGCGGCAGCGGCUCUGGCGGCGAAGGCCUCUAGCUACACGGCCUGUAUGGGAGCUUAUGUCCAAACAUUAAUGGAGGGCAUCUCCCCGAUUGUGCCUGACGUUCCCGAUGAGGUUCAGAGGACCCUGACUGAAAUCAGGGAUGAGACCCACUCGAUUGGCAGCUGGCUCAUCACUGCGGCUAGGAACGUCACGGAAUGCGUUGGAAGGGCGAUGUCGGCCUCCAUCGCAUUGAGAAGGCACGCCUGGCUCCGCGGCUCCGACCUCAAUCAGAGCGUGAGAUCCACCAUUGAGGACAUGCCCAUCGACGGUUCGGGGUUGUUCCACGCCGAUACGGACGAGCGGCUCAACAAGAAGUUCCGCAUGAAGGCAGCCGCUCGCAAGCAUGGCAUGUCCACACCGGGCUCUUCUUCCUUCCGCAAGCGUCUUCGGCCCUGGCAGCAUCACCAAGGUCAGUUCCAGAGGUCCCCCUAUCAGGAACGUCAGUUCCAUCAACAGGGGUCGCAGCGGCAGGGCUACCCCUCUCAGCAAUCAUCUUCCUCGGGCCGUCGCAACCAGUCUCGGUACAGAAAGAACCGCCGACAGGAGCCCGACCAGGGAAAGAAAAGGGCAUGAAGAUCCCUAGCGCACUUCGCCUCCUCUAAUUUGUUUUUCCUUGACAUCUUGAGGCCCUUUGCCACCACAUGGGCCUCCAUCUCCUCCGACUCCUGGGUCUUAAACAUCGUCCGAAG